AGUCCCCGCCCACGGUGGCCCGUGGUCGCCUCACCUCGCGCGGUGACCGCCGCAAUCACGGCGGCCGCGGUGACGACGGUUCGGCAGGCAGCGCGGGAUUUUUUUUUUUCUCCCAGUGGUGGAGUAACUAAAGAAGAGAGAUGAUACUGACAGCGGUCGUGCUACUGGGCUGUGCUCUGGGCGUCAGUGCCUUCCCCAUGGAAGAUCCUGAAGAUGGAGGCAAGCACUGGGUGGUGAUUGUUGCAGGUUCAAACGGGUGGUACAACUACAGACACCAGGCAGACGUGUGCCACGCGUACCAGAUCGUGCACCGAAAUGGAAUUCCAGAUGAACAGAUCAUUGUCAUGAUGUAUGAUGACAUUGCUGAUAAUGAGGAAAAUCCAACAAAAGGCAUUGUCAUCAACAGACCUAACGGUACAGAUGUGUAUGCAGGAGUGCUCAAGGACUAUACAAAGGAGGAUGUUACUCCAAAGAAUUUCCUUGCUGUAUUACGAGGAGAUGAGGAGGCAGUGAAGGGGAAAGGAUCAGGAAAAGUAUUGAAAAGUGGUCCCAAAGAUCACGUGUUUGUUUAUUUCACUGACCAUGGAGCUCCAGGACUUCUGGCUUUUCCUGAUGAUGAUCUUCAUGUAAAGGACCUGAAUAAGACUAUUUGGUACAUGUAUCAUCACAAAAAAUACCGGAAGAUGGUAUUUUACAUUGAAGCAUGUGAGUCUGGAUCUAUGAUGAAUCAUUUGCCUGAUAAUAUCAAUGUUUAUGCAACAACAGCUGCCAAUCCCAAAGAGUCAUCUUAUGCAUGUUACUAUGAUGAUGAAAGGCAGACUUAUCUUGGGGACUGGUACAGUGUGAAUUGGAUGGAAGAUUCAGAUAUGGAGGAUCUAAGAAAAGAAACACUCCACAAGCAGUUUCAGCUGGUGAAGAAACGCACCAACACCAGCCACGUGAUGCAGUAUGGAAACAGAAGCAUCUCCUCCAUGAAAGUGAUGCAGUUCCAGGGUACGGGGAAGAAAGCUGUCCCCCUUCCUCUGCCACCUGUGGAGCACUAUGACCUGACACCUAGUCCUGAUGUGCCUUUUGCAAUCUUGAAACGCAAACUGAUGGUUACCAAUGAUGUUCAUGAGGCUAGAAAGAUUGCUGCAGAGAUGAAAGCACACCUGGAGGUGAAAGAAUUUAUCCAAGAAUCCAUGCGAAAGAUAAUCACCUUAUUAACAGGAUCAGAAGAACAGACCAACUUAAUUCUGUCAGACAGACUGACCAUCAGCAAUUAUGACUGCUACCAGUCAGCAGCGAACCACUUCAAAGCUCAUUGCUUCAACUGGCACUUACCUGUGUAUGAGUAUGCACUGAGACAGCUGUAUGCCUUGGUCAACGUUUGUGAAGCAGGAUACCCCCUCGACAGAAUAUGCCUGGCCAUGGAUCAAGUGUGCCUUGGGUAUUGACAGCAACAACAAUCCCCGCUAUAACCCUUACUAGAAGUGAUAACUCCUUGUAACUGUACCAACCCAGGCUUGACUUUCCUGGCCCCUGACACAGAGCGAGCCCCGUGGCGGGGCCGUGCUGGGAGCGGAGCACCCGGCCCCGAGUCCCACUGCUGCUGCUGCCACCGGCCUCUCGCCCCACUGGCAGCUUGCAAGAUGGAUGAUUUGUUUCCAAGCCCAACGCUUUUAAGAAUCUCUGGAUGAACACUACAAGCCACCUGUCAGUGAUUGCUAAAUCUGUGUUAAAUCUAAACGUUGAGUCAUUAAUUCUGGAAUGUUUGGGGUACUAUUGCUAGCUACAAGCUUUUUAAAAGUUAAUGGAUUCCAGUACAGCGAGUAACAUGCAGAUCGGUUAGAGAGUGAAGAAACCAAAGCUGCUUGUUUUAGUUUAAGCUCCUCAAGUUUAAAGAAACAAGUUGCAUUCAAGAACUAUUGAAUGUGAACAGCAGAGUUAAACUGUGAACAUUUUUCAGUCUUUUUGGGUAGAAAGUACUAUUUCCCAACGAAAAGCACCAGUAUCUAAUGCUGUAAGUUUAGCAUCAGUACACUCUCAUUAAAUAUAUAUACACACAAACCUGUGGGAAGUCAGAGUACAGGAAUUGCCUGUGAAUAAAAAUAAAGUUGACAGUUUCAUCAACCUA